CCGGUGUUCCCAUGGAGAAAAUGCCACUAUGGUGGACGAAAACUAGCUAUUUUCCAAUAGGAGAGAUUGUUUCUAUAAUAUAACCACUUUUUGUGUGGAUAAAAGACAUUCAAAUAAAAAAGUAAUUGAUACAGACGUGUCUUCCCAAGUUGUAAGUUUUAAGACUUCAGACUUUCUAAUAUUUAUCAGAUAUAAUCAGAUACUAAGAUGCCUAUUACCAAGGUACCAAUAGUUCACAAAUUUGGGAUUAUUUCUCACAGUCAGAGGUUAGAGUUACAGGAGAGAUUAUUGAAGCAGUCAUACCUACAAAGUGUUGCUUCAAGAAAAACAGCUUUGACAUCAAGAAAUCCAUUGGAAGUGACUGAAGAGUUUGUUCAACAAUACAACAAUGCAAAGACAUUUGAUGAAAAGGAAAAACUGGAAGGCAUUGCAUCGAAAAUGAUAGAAAGAGUUAAGCGUAGAGCAGGGCUGCGUUCUGGAGGUAUAGGCAGUCAUGUUGACCUGCCCAUUGCGUGGACUGAGCUAUCUCAACUAGCACAAUGCAAGGGGAAAGUACAGGAAGAGUGUUUGGAUGUGCUGCUCACCUCCCUGGACCAAGCUCCCUUAAAUAAAAGCCAGAUUCCAGCCCUGUUCUUUCUUGCAGAGACAUGUUUAUAUUGGUUGCGCACAGAUUCUGUAAACCAGCCAUAUUUACGGACGGGAGAGAUCAAACUCUUGAAGAUGGGUCAGUUGGUUUUCAUGAGGUUGUUCUACCACCACAUGGCAGGCCAGCUUAAAGGUCACGUCCAGUAUAAAAGCAGGCUUUUCACCUACUUAGAUGGUCUCCCAGAGUGCCAGGAUGCUUAUAACCCCUAUCCAAACGCCCUUCUGUCUUUACGGUAUGUGAUAGAGGUAGGCAAGAUACUGGUAUCUGAUGUUCUGCUGGAUUCUGGUGAGAUCAAGGAAGGGGACAACAUACCAACUGCAGAUUCAGAAGAGUUAUUUCCUGAGACAACAGUGAAGUAUGAUGCGACAAAGAGAGGACAGUCAGCCCACAGUGGGGCUAUUAGUUCCAGUGUCCAUGAGCUUAGUCCCACUCUGUGGCAUGCACUAGAUGUGUACAGGUGCACAAAUCAAGUCAGUGGGGGACUUAAAGAGGCACUCAUGGCCCUGAGUCACUGUGGAAAAGGACUUGCCAAAGAAAAUUGGGUGGAUGGUGCUUGUGCACUAGGUAUACUAGCAGAGGCAGCUAAGACCAACCUAAGCUCACUGAAAGUUCUCCAAAGCUUGGCCCAGGGUGUGCCUAGUAGAACACCUCAUACACCCGACAUGCAUGAAACUUUAAAAGAUAUUAACACAGGAGCAGUAGCUUCAGAAGACAUCAAAGAGGAAAGUCACACCAAUGUCAAGGACACCCAGAGUUUCUGGAGUGAUUCUCAAGACAGGACAGUUUACCUGGCAGAAGGCACGCACACACACUCUGAACACAGUGGUUCAAACACACAACAGGAAAUCCUACAGGAUCAGGAGUUGCAGAAUCUAGAACAACAACCACAAGAAGAUGAUGGUAAAGAUUUUGAAAAAGAUACUAGAAGGUUAUCCAAAGAAGGGACACAAACUUCUAGGAAAUUUACACGAGAGUCUCAAAGGUCAAAAUUGACCCGGGAUCAAAUGGAUACUGAUAUGACUGGGAAGAGAGCAACCUUUGGAACAGAGGAAGAUAGAAUGUCUCAAGCUAGUAGUGUUCAAACCUUUACAAAUAUGCCAUAUCCAGACACACCUGGUUUGAAUGGCUGGCAUUGGGAGGUAGCCAUCACAUACACUGACAUCCUGUCCGACAUCUGUCUCCAUGGUAAGACAUCUAACAUCCAGAAGGUGGCACUGAUGGGUCAUCACAAUGAUGUCAAUGAAAUGACCUGUCAGACAGUCACACAGCACCCACUGGACAGUGCAGGGUUACUGGAUAUGGCUUAUUUUCAUGCUCCUGGUGAGACUGCAGAUGGAGGUCCUAAUGACUGGAGUUGGCGUAUUCGAUAUGGUGCAAUUCAAGGUCUAGUCAAGCUGUGUCGCUGCUGUGCUGAAGACAAGAACAGGGAAGGUCUAAGAACAGUGGCAUGGAACACCUUGCUUCGAGUCCGAUGUCUGGAGAAAGAUGAAAGAGUUCUAGAAGCACUUAAAGUUGGACAGGUGGAUGCCAACAUAGAAAACUUGCUUAAACAGCAUAUGUCAAUAACACCGAGCACAAUAGGUGCCAAAAUUGCUGUUGGUUUGUCCAAGAUUUACCUGCCACCUCUUCCACCACCUGUUGACCCUCCUCCACAACCCAAAACCAGUCGCAGGCCACAAGUUAUUGUGCCGAAACCAAAGCCAGCAAAGAAGGAACCUCUACGAACAACAUUAAAGGAAGAGUUGCAGCUUGCUACAGCUCUUUAUGAACCACCACUGGAUUUCAAUACUCGCACAAGUUUUGACUUAAAGAGAAUAGUUGAGGAUCAGUGGCGUAAAGAACUACAUCAACAGCAAGAAGAAGAAGAAGCUCAAAGGUUGAAGGAUUUGGGUGAAAAGCAGAAACAGUUGGAAAAAGAGCAAAAAGAGACAGAAGAAAAGAAGGCACUUAAGUUUAAGAAAAAGUGUCAGGUGGACCAUCCUAAGAAACAGGCUGAUGGCGAUAAUGAAAGUGAUAAUAGUAAUCAAACAAUACAGAACUUACAUGUCAACGAAAAUGCCCCAGUGUCAGAGUCAAAUUGAAUUUAUGCUACAUGUGCAUGUGCUAAACCAUAUAAUCAGCAGUGGUGUCUGUUGCAAUCAUGAGACGGUGAAUCGAUGCCAUGAUUGUGUCAAUCUUUAAAUUGUGGAAAUCAGGAGAUUCAAUUUCAGUCAAUCAUAUAUUUUUGUAAUUGCUUUUUGUAUUGACUGGAUAGAGAUAUCAUGAAAUGUUGCUAAAAAUCCCCAGAUGUUCAUAAUUAAGGAUUUGAAGGGAUUGUAUAAAUGCUUUUG